AUGCCCGCCUCGGGCUCCUCAACGCCCUCAACGCCCUCGCCCGACAAGAUCUCCGUCACGCCGACGCGUCUCUCCCCCGGCGACAAGGAUGAGGACUCGCCCAACAAGGACGAGGUCACGCUGCCCCGCGGCUGCAAGCUUGAGCUCAACUUCGAGAGCGGGCGGCUGCUCCUCAAAAAGCGCAAGAAGCAUGAAUUGCAGUGGCCCAUGGGCGAGCUGACGCGCAUCGAGGUGACGCACUCGGCGAGUGCCGGCGAGCCGUGCCUCAAAUUCAUGCUCGGCUCGAACGUCGAGCACCAGCAAAAGGCGCCGCCCGCCGAUGUCGAGCUGCUCGAUGCAUACCACCGCGGCGCGCUGCGGCGAGGCACGAAGGUCCUCUUCAUGACCGCCGCGGAUGCGAAGCAGCUGUACGCGGCUCUGCGCGCGCACAAGGACGCCGGCGCCGCGUGCCUCGCCGACGCGCACGUGUGCGACUCGGAGCUGCUCGACGCGGCCGCCACCCUCGGCCGCCUCUCGCUCGGUGGCGACGCGCCGCCGAGCGGCGCGCCGCCGAGCGGCGCCGACGUGUCGCGUCAGGCGAGCGACGCGACGAGCGUCGCCUCGUGCGCGACCAGCGGCGGCGGCGCGCCGCGCGAGGCGCUUAUCUUCGUCUGCAGCCCGACGCAGCAGAGCCUGCAUCUGCCACACGCCAAGGACGAGGCGAUCGACGUGGCCAACGAGGUGACGGCGCGCAUCCGGCGCGGCGGCUCGCCGACGGACCUCAAGCAGGAGCUGCUCGACGGCCACGGCGCGUACAAGUACUUCCUCUUUUCGGGCCAUGGCGACGUGCGGCUGCCGCCCGUGCGAUCCGCCGCCGCCGCCGCCGCCGCCGCGCCGGCGGCCGCGAGCGAGGCGGCGAAGGACGCGAGCGAGGCGCGCGAGGCGAGCCGCACCGUCACGCUCGGCUUCACCAACACGGCGACGGGGCAGCUCGAGCUGACGCUGCCGACGACGCUCGCGGCCAUGCUCGCCUCGCACGGCCUGCAGCUCGUCUUCCUCAACGGCUGCGACACGGCCAGCCUCGGCGCGCAGCUCCGGCAGCGCGGCGUGCCGCACGUCGUCUGCUGGCGGACCAAGGCGGCCGACGCGGCGUCGCGCACGCUCGCGCGCGCCUUCUUCGCCGCCCUCGCCAAGGGGCGCAGCGUGGGCGAGGCGUAUGGCGACGCGACGCAGUCGGUGCUCGCGAUGGCGACGCGGCGCGGCGUGCCUUUGUUCAUGUUCUGCGAUCCCGAUGCGGACGGCGAGGACGCGAAGACGAGCCCGCCAUAUGCGGCCGGCGUGCCGGUAUUACUCACGGUGGAAGGCGAUGACAAGAGCUACAUACACUGA